UUCUUCAAUUCCUAUUUUCUUGUAUGAGAUAGACACAGAAAUACAGUGGAAAAGGAGUUGGCAAAAAAAACUAAUCUCCAUUCUCUGAUUCUCUCUCUCAAUAUUUUGCGUAUGGUUGCUCGAAUACCCUUCUUCGUGUCUAUGGAGGAGACAUUCAAAGGAGCGAACAAAUAGUUUGUGUGUCAAGAAGAGGCCGCAGCCAUGGCUGAACUCAGCGGCGGUUCUCUUUGCCUAGACGUUGAGACGAUUUAUCUCGGCGGAAAGGUUGUAUUUUAUCUAUUUCUUCCUAUUAUUGUUUGAACUGGUAUUUAUUAUUUCCAAUUUCCACUCAUUUUCUGCUAUUACGCGUGUGUGUGUGAAUAUUAGUGGUCUGGAGAGAGAUACAGCUUGUAUUUUGGUCAGAAUUUGAUGUUUUCUUACUGGUUUUAGUAAUCACCUUCUUGUUUCUGUAUCUAAUCUGCUUGUCGACGCUAGCAUUAUUCGGGUAGUAAUUUUCUUGACAUUCUUUGUUUUAAAAAAAAUACAAGUCCAUUUUCUUUUUCUAUCAAAUAGGUUUUUCAGUACUAAUUUAGAUUUCUGGGCAAUGAAUCUCGUCGUUUGUUCAUUGCAUAUAUUUCUUAGAAAAUUGUGAGACAAAACUGAGUAGCAUUGCUGAAUGCGGAUGCCGUUAAACACUUCAAAGAAUGACGAAUUUGUUUUUUUUAUAUCAAUAAAAGUUUGACACGUAUUAAUAUUCUUCCGUGACUGCUGCUUGAACACUAGGUUUGUUAGAUGUUAUCCAUAGAUAUUCUAUUAUAUUGGUUCUAAAGAUCUUUCUUGUUUGUUUUUGCUGUUUCAAUGCCAUUGGUAAAAACUGAACAUCCAAGGCAUCUUGUGAAAGAUGUCAUUUUCGUUGUUGAAAUUAUGGCUGAAUACAGGCUGUUGCUAUUCUGUCUGUUUCUUUUGCUAGUAGUUAGAAGUUGUCAACAUUAAUACUUUUCAUAAUUAUCAGCAUUGUAAGACUUUCAUUAAGUGCCAUGCUCUUUUCGAUUUUGAAAUAAUUUUUUUGAAAAUUUGAAAUAGUUACUGCUAAAUUUAUCUGUUUCAAUCUUUUUGUUUUGAUCAAUUGUGCAAUCCGGAUACACAAGUGGAUGAAUUCACAUGUCAUCGCUUUUCAUAAGGAUAGCAAACAAUGGAACAUAUUGUACGGACUGGGAGUGGCUCUGUUUCCGUUAUAGUGUACGGAGAUCCCGACAAGCCAGCUUUAGUCACUUAUCCUGAUUUAGCUUUAAAUCACAUGUCUUGUUUCCAAGGGUUGUUCUUUUGUCCAGAAGCUGCAACUUUGCUGCUUCACAAUUUCUGUGUAUACCAUAUUAGUCCUCCAGGACAUGAGUUGGGAGCUGCGGCAAUUUGUGCAGAUAACCCUGUGCCUUCUCUCAGUGACUUAGCCGAUCAAAUUCUUGAAGUGCUCAACUAUUUUAAGCUUGGUGCGGUUAUGUGCAUGGGUGUAAUGGCUGGUGCCUAUAUUCUCACCUUAUUCGCUAUGAAAUUUAGGGAGCGGGUUCUUGGUUUGAUACUUGUUUCUCCUUUGUGUAAAGCCCCAUCUUGGACAGAAUGGCUAUGCAAUAAGGUGAUGUCCAACUUGCUGUAUUACUAUGGCAUAUGUAGUCUGCUUAAGGAUUGUUUACUUUAUCGGUACUUUAGCAAGGAAGUUCGUGGCAGCGCUGAAGUUCCAGAAUCAGACAUAGUUCAAGCAUGCAGAAAACUUCUUGAUGAGAGGAAGAGCACAAAUGUUUUGCGGUUCCUUCAAGCAAUAAAUAGAAGACCUGACAUUACUGAUGGGCUGAGGACACUGAAGUGUCGAACUUUAAUAUUUGUUGGAGAUGAUUCUCCUUUCCAUUCAGAAGCUCUUCACAUGGCUGCUAACUUAGACAGAAGAUACAGUGCCUUGGUUGAGGUUCAAGCUUGUGGGUCAGUGGUGACCGAGGAGCAGCCAUAUGCAAUGUUAGUCCCAAUGGAAUAUUUUCUCCUAGGGUAUGGUAUACACAAACCGAAUCAUUUCAAUGGCAGCCCCAGGAGUCCACUUUGCCAUACGUGUAUUGCGCCGGAACUCCUCUCUCCGGAAAGCAUGGGAUUAAAGCUAAAACCAAUCAGGACUCGGUCUCAUCACAAAGAUAGUACCACUUGAUUAAUUGCCAUUUGUAAAUUGAAAGGUCCGUAUAACACACUCAUUCUGUUUUCCCGAUUUUUGUCAGGCCAUCGUUGUUGGGGCGUUUGAGGAGGGUAGAUAUUGUUUUAGAUGGUAGGAAUUCUUGAUUGAACAUAGGGUUGGGAUUGUUUGGAUUAUUCAUUCGAUUGUAGUUAGUUAUGAACACUCAUCACCUGAUCUGUUAGAUCCAUAGAUGACUGCGACUACCACGACACGAGCAAUAAAGAAUGGAGAGUGUGUGACUCUAGUUGCUCAAAUUAUCUGUCAUGUAUUUGUUUUUUAGAUAGAAUAGAGAUUUGAUCUUAUUCCCUUAGGUUCGCAAGCACAUGGAGCUGGGCUGGCAGUAUGCUUUUUUUGAGUUUUUGUGGGCAACUGUUAUUUGAUAGCUACUGCAUACCUUUUAUAUGAUAGAUAUUAUACUUAUAAUUGCAAACAAA